AUGGAGCCCGGUCAAUGGCAAUGCAACGUCUGCCUGGCUCGGCUCAGUCGUCUAGAACAUCUUCGACGGCAUCUCAGGUCCCAUGAUAAGAAGAGACCAUUUGAAUGCUGUUUCUGCCGGAAGUUCUUUACUCGAAAGGAUGUGAUGAAGCGUCAUGAACGAGGCUGCAAGUUCAAGGUGAACCUCCCUGCUCAGCAGAGUCGCACGGACGACGAAACUAUACCGGCUCACGGCACUGGCAACAUCGACGACCAUCUCGUGUUCCCUUCAUCACUGGACUUCACCGCUCUCGACUGGUUGUAUACCCCGCAAACCCCGAGCAGCAUCGAGGUUGCCGAGAGACUAGAGUACCUGGCGUACUUUACCAGUGUAAGGGGCAUGGUUGCAUUUCUGGAUAGAAAUACGCUCGAGCAGAGGCAGAAUCUGGUCUUGGAUCAUACGGUGCAUGCCUGUGCGCAGGGCCUUGGGGAACAGAAACGUCCGCGGGAGCCUUCCUAUCUGGAUCUGUUGCACGGCCUAGGGAGCUCGACCGACGACUUCUUUAAUACUGUCGAGUUUGACUUCCUCCGACCAGCUUCAGAGGAAUCUGAUCCCUUUCUUCCAAUAACCGAAAAGAUCGUGCAACUUCUCCGUUCUAUCAUCUCCAAGAAGCAGGAUACACACGUCAUCAAACUCAAUUGGACCCCAGUGGUAAACGAGAACUGUUCUAAUUUCUUCGCCCCUCAAAACAUCCGCCGCUUUCUAGAAUACUUCUGGUCCCUGUGGUAUCCCAACUGCCCCAUUGUGCACCGACCAUUAUUUGAUCCUCAGACGGCGCAGCCCACUCUAAUUUGCGUGAUGGUCAUCAUCGGAGCGUGCCUGUCGCCGUGUGAUGAUGAUGCCCGGAAUGCCAGAAUGUGGAUGGAUAGUGCAGAAGAGCUUGUUUUUAGCAACACCUAUCAUCGCGAGAGCCCCGGAGACAGCAUAGAAUCCGCCGUCGCCGAGGACACAAAUGAGUGGACGAAAGGACGCUUAGAAUGCAUCCAGAUGACCUAUUUGGUUUGCUCGCUACAGAAAAGAGAAGGCUCUACGGAAGCACAGGCACGCGUGCGAAGGCACCGACAUGCGAUGAUGGUUACGCUGGCAAGGACGAUUAGGUUCGAAUCUGCCACCCACGAGGUUCUCAACACGGACUAUCCUUCUGAUACGUGGUGGCGAGGCUUUAUUGCGCAAGAAGAACAGAUCCGAACCCUCACGUACGUCUUCCUGUUUGAUGCAGCUCUCACCAUAUUCCACAACUCUCCUCCACGCAUGGUAGUUUCCGAGUUGAAGAUGGACCUGGCUUGCCCAGAAGCAUGUUUUCAAGCCGAUUCAGCCGAAGAAUGCUCUGCACGCCUAACGGAAUGGGAGGGAUCCAUUGUCUGGAGCGAAAGACUUUCGGUAUCGAAUAUGCUUCGGAAGAUUUGCCAACGGGAUUUAGAAGACUGGCAGGUGCACGAACUGGCUAGUAUGGGAACGUUGAAUCUAUUCACUACCGUGCAAUCGUUACAUUCCCUCACUUUUCAUCUACAGAAUUCGUUGGUCUUCGAGUCAUCCUUGCAGCCAGUGCAAACUGGGUUGGAAAAUUGGAGACGCAUCUGGAACAAGCGCCAACCAGAAGACAAGGACGUGCCGGACAGUCCCGAUGAGAUAUGGAAGAAGAUUGGGUUCGUGCAUCAUGCACCGGAAUUUUGGCACCUAGCCCGGAUUAUCGUCGCUAGGGUUCGCUCGAAUCCCGCAGCUGAUGAGCAGCAUACGCUUUCGAGCGCCGAGGCAGGCCUAUCAAGAUACGAUCAUACCGAUAUGAAGGGGGUGAACGAGUUGAUCAUGGAAUAUCAACGGCUCAAUUUGGAGGGGACUAGCCCGCUAUCUCCCGCGGGGACCUUCAAUCUAAAUGGAUGUCCGGUCUAG